GAAGAAAAACUAAAAGAAAAACAGGAACAUGCCCGAAAAAAGGUUCUGCCGCCGUCCAAUCAUCCCUUAGUUUUCUUCCCUGGCAACCCUCCUCGUUCCGUCUUCUUCUCCGGCGAAGAGCUUCACUUGCUUUACCCUAGAGCCGCCCUUGAUUUGGAUACCACGAUUUAUGCUUAUUUUUGUCCCUUUCGCAGCCUGAGAAAGAACACAGCUAAGUUAUCAAUUUGCUUCAAUUGCCGGCUGCAAGAGUAUUAUUAUUUUUUAAUCGUGAUAAUGGAGCCUAGUGCAGAUAUUAACCUUGAUACAGACAUCUGGAGUUUGAAUGAUCAAGAUAGCAAUGCAAUUAUAUUGCCAGACAAGAAAAAGAAGAAGAAGACAGAAAAGGAACAGGUAUCGAAAAAGCUUAAAACGAAGAAUAACAUUAAGUUAAGUCAAUCUCAGAAAAAAAAGCUGAAGAAACUCGAGGAAGACAAGGAGAAAUCAAUCCUUUUAGCUGAAAGCAUUAAGACCUUGAAGAAGUACCAGAUCCAAGAUGAUCUUUAUUCACUUAUGUGGUCUUCAAGGAACUUGGGUCAGGGUGAAACUAGUCGAGAGAAGCGUAGAAGAGAAGUGCAGUUUUCUAGGGCGGGGUUAGAAGUGCCACAUAGAGAUCGACCAGUCAAGAAGAGGACAGCCAACGGCCUAACUAGUGAUGUCUUGGAUGAUUCUAACGAAAUGAAGUCGAGUCCAAUAGUCAAUAGCAAUCUUUUGCAGUCCUCCGUAGGAAAAGGUGAAGUCCAAAGUGAAGCACUCGUCACUCCAGGGUCUCCUGAAGAGUUGACUUGUCAGAGUGGACUUUUAGUUUGCGGUGGAGAUGCUUCGGUGCAAAAUAAGCAAGAAGAGGAUAGAACUACAGAAUGUUUAAAGUCAGAUUAUCAGCAAGAUCAUCUAUCAAUUUGUGAUUGUCAUAACGAAGAACAGAGGAAAUCAACGGAUGAUAUCAAGGAUAUUCAAAAUGCCAGUUUGAGCAAUAGUAGCAACUCGGCUAACUGUCUUCCUCAAAGAGCUUUAACAACUCCAACUGUGGUGCACGUUUCAAGACCAAAGGAGGUUGAAAAUAAGAGGAGCGAUCUGCCGAUAGUCAUGAUGGAGCAGGAGAUAAUGGAAGCUAUAAAUGAGAACACGUGUGUAAUAGUUUGUGGUGAGACAGGUUGUGGUAAGACAACCCAAGUUCCUCAGUUCCUUUAUGAAGCUGGCUAUGGUUCAAAUCAUUCCAAUGGUCGUGGUGGUAUUAUUGGUGUGACUCAACCACGCCGUGUUGCGGUACUUGCAACUGCCAAGCGAGUGGCAUUUGAGCUUGGUUUUAGUCUUGGCAAAGAGGUUGGUUUCCAAGUUAGACAUGACAGGAGGAUAGGAGACAGUUGCUCCAUAAAGUUCAUGACUGAUGGAAUUCUGCUUCGGGAACUGCAGGUAAGAUGUCAGUAUCUAUGUCUAGGUAAAUUGAAAUCUUCGUCCCUACCUUUUAAGUGCUUUGUAUUUUGUCCUUACUAUGAAAAAGGGUGCACACCAUUUGACUGCUAAAUAUUUAAGAAAAGG